AUGAAGAAUGUUUUUCGCCUAACUGUUUUGAUUCUAAUGAGGGAGUUAUCGUGGCGUUGUUUCGGCCACAAGAUUGAUCAGAGAAAAUUGCUUAUUCUUGCCGCCGUUUUUACCGUUACUGGAUUUCUGUUUCAGUUUUUUGUACAUGCUUAUGUAGCCGAUUCAUCGUCCUCGGAUAGCACUCUACAGUCUAAUGACUUUCUGAAAGGGGAGAUUGUUCAACAGCAUGACACUGUUGUAGAUAUUCAUUCACAACCAAAGAAGAAUAUAAAUCUUAUUAGUACAACAGUUACCGCGUCUUCGCCUCGUCCCCGUGUUCCUUUGGGUAAGCAGAGGGACAUUAGGUUGUUGCCACCUACUGAGGCUCUUGUGUAUGCAAAGAAAGAGAUUGAUCAUGCUCCUUUAGUGAAUGAAGAUCCUAAUCUUUAUGCUCCUUUAUUUACCAACAUUUCUGUUUUCAAAAGGAGCUAUGAAUUGAUGGAAACAAUACUUAAAGUUUAUAUAUAUCGUGAUGGGGCAAGGCCUGUUUUUCACAACCCUCACCUUAAGGGAAUCUAUGCUUCUGAAGGAUGGUUUAUGAAGUUAAUGGAAGGAAAUAAUCAAUUUGUUACCAAGGAUCCUGAGAGGGCACACUUAUUUUAUCUCCCGUACAGUGUACACCAAAUGGCGUUGGCACUCUAUGUGCCUGAGUCACAUAAUAUGAAACCAUUAUCAAUCUUUCUUAGGGACUAUGUAAACAAGAUUGCUGCAAAAUACCCCUUUUGGAAUCGCACACAUGGGUCAGACCAUUUCCUUGUUGCUUGCCAUGAUUGGGGUCCUUACACUGUGGCUGAACAUGAAGAACUAGCCGGAAACACCAUAAAAGCUCUAUGUAAUGCUGAUGUGUCUGAAAGAGUCUUCAUUGCAGGAAGAGAUGUUUCCCUUCCAGAAACUACCAUAAGAGCACCAAGAAGACCUCGUAGAUAUCUUGGUGGGAAUAGAGUUUCAUUACGUCCAAUCCUUGCAUUCUUUGCUGGAGGCAUGCACGGUAGAGUGCGUCCCACUCUUCUUAAGUACUGGGGUGGUGAAAAAGAUAAAGACAUGAAAAUCUACAAGCGUCUACCUUUGAGAAUCUCCAAAAAGAUGACUUAUAUUCAACACAUGAAAUCAAAUAAUUUUGUUCUUCCACUUAGUGAAUUUCUUGACUGGAGUACUUUUUCUGUGGUGGUGGCCGAGAAGGAUAUUCCCAGGCUAAAGGAAAUUCUGAUGUCCAUCCCUAUGCGAAAAUACGUUACAAUGCAAAAUAAUGUGAAGAUGGUGCAGAAGCAUUUUCUUUGGAACCCAAAACCAAUAAGAUAUGAUCUGUUUCACAUGAUUUUACAUUCAAUAUGGUUCAACAAGCUAAACCAGAUUUGA